AUGUCGGCCCCACGGUUCGGGUUUUCCGCCGGUGACUUUAUCAGCGCCGUGAAGCUCACAAAUGAUGUCAGCAAUGCCCUCAAAGAUGUUGGUGGUGCUGCAGAGAACUACCUCGAGGUUCCCACGGAGCUAGAACUACUGGGGGAUAUCCUAUCAGAGCUACAGAAAGGACGAGAUGGAGCAGUCGUGGAACAAAGCAACAAUCCUUUUGUUAAACAUGCGAAGACUCAAGUGAAGCUCAAAUCUUAA